GAACAAGACGCAGUGCUUCUCUCACCUCCUGGUUUUGUUGCUUCAAGUCCCUUUGCCUCAACGCUUCAAGCAGAUGAGGUCUUCGCAGAACCGACUGACCGGGCGCAGUGCCUGAACAUUCAGUGUAUAUGUCAGUUUGCAAGAGGUAGGUACUCGAAUAACCAAUGUGUACUGCCAAAUGGUCAAGUGUACGGUAGAGCUUAUCGCAAGGAAUUUCGAGUGAUGACUGACGACGAACGGUCCAGAUUCCGUAAUGCGAUGUGGGGCAUUCAAAGAACCAAAUAUCUGGAGUUGUCGAGACUGCAUUCCAGCUAUACGACAUCACCAGCUGCCCACUCUGGACCGGCAUUCCUGCCAUGGCAUAGAGAAUUCAUUAAGAGGUUGGAAAUCGCUCUGCGACAAUACGACCCUACAGUAUCGCUACCGUACUGGGAUUCCUCUCUGGAUGCAAGGCUGGACGAUCCAACA